UUUGGUCAUCAACCUCGUUCGCUUUCGAUGAUUUGAAGGGAUAUACGAGUGCAUAUUUGGGGGAUGAAUGGAUUAAUCCAUCCCCUCAAAACUACGAAGAUAGUGCAUAUGAUUUGGCUAGAUGACGAAACUAACCUUUGCUCUCGUUUCCAAAGCACUUGCCUUUCAUCUGCCAGAUUCCUUCCUCUGCCGAGAUUCCUCCUUCCUUUGCCGAGAUUCUUGACCAAUAUUCCCUGGUCAACUGAGCAAGAUUUCGUUACAUUGUUUAUUUUUGAAUAUCAGUUUUAAAAUGCAAGCAGUAGUGUGAUUGAGAAUGGUGGUCCAACUAGCAGUGGUGUUUUGAGAAGUGAGUUAUGGUGUGUGUGAUUAUUUCGUCCGAUGGAGGGGGAAGAAGAUGAGGUGGUUCGUUUUGGUGGACGAGGAAGAGGAUGAAGGGGUGGUAGUGGUUGCAUGAGGUGGUGGCUAGGUGGUGGCUUUGCUUGGACGUGGUGGGGUGGUGAUAUGCACCGAUUAGCUAACCGGUGCUGCAGUGUGUUGAGUGAUGGCACCGGUUACGUAAUCGGUGCCUUGUUUAUAAAGGGAGUGACACUGGUUACGACACCGGUGUCGUUAGGUAUUUUUUUUACCUUCUGUUUUGAUUUUUUUUGCAGGUGGAAGAGUUGCUUGUCAUCGCCGGAGUUGCGGAGGAGCUGUGUGUCUGUACUGGUGGUGAAGGUGGUCGCCGGAGCUGAUGGUUUCUUCAUCGGAGUGGGAGAUAGCGCAAAUUCUGCUUCAUGGGACUCUCCACGCCACCAUCAACCUCGUAAAUGAGCACAAUGUUGGUGGUGGCGGCAAUUUUUUCAGCAAGGUAUUGGUUUUAGGCCUCUUUGGAUCUUGCUGAAUCUGGUGCUUUAAGUGUUGAUGUUGAGUUACAGUGUGUUGGAUUUGGUAUGUGUUUCUAUUUGUGUUGAAAAUUCAUAAAUUGAAGAUGACACUGCUUCCUUUGAAGGAUCCAAGAUUUGUUUGAAUUUGAUCAUUUGUGAUAGUAUGAUAGUUCCAUGAACUGAUACAUUAAU